AUGGUCGUUUUCUCUGUAAAACCCUUAUUCACCAUCUUUGUCGUUUCACUCACUCUCCUUGUCGUUUUCACAUUGCUCUCGCCUCGUUACCCCUUUUCCCAAAAUUGGAUUUCUGGAGAACCCUCACUAGGGGAAGUAGAUAUAUGGAGUGUUCGGAGACUCAUGGAAUGGAGACCUUGCAAAUGGUGGCUACAAGGACAUCAAACAGCUCUACCAUUGGAAACCAAUGGAUAUAUCAGAGUGGAUUGCUACGGAGGCCUCAACCAGAUGCGAAGAGAUUUUGAAGUGGCUUCAUAUUGGAAUGAAACAAGUGGUUUCGCGGAUGUAUACGAUCUAGACUACUUCAUUCAACAAAUGAACGGCUUUGUCAAAGUCGUCAAAACGUUACCACCGGAUAUUGCAACAAAAGAACCAGUUCAAGUGGACUGUAGCAAAAGGAAAGGCCAAUUCGACUAUGUUGAAAGCGUUCUCCCAUCUCUAUUAAAAGGAAAGGAAAACUGA